GUCUUGGGUGACUUUUACAUUCCAAAAUUUUUCAUUGAAUGUAACUUUUUCCCAAUUUUAGGCAAGCUUUGUUUCCUAAUUUUACCUAGUAAAAUACCAAAAGAGGCUAAAAACCCAACUCAAAUUUUGUUUUUUUUAUCAUAAAUGCCUCCUUUUUUCUUGUGAAAACCUUUGGCACAUACAAUGUUGAGUAUUCAUACUAAGGUAUCAAAAUUAUAUCUAUUACCUGAAUAUUGCUCUUAAUACUUCUCAACGUUUCCCUUGUUCUGCUAUCUUUUAUCUUUUGUGUCCAGAAUGUUCCUCAUUAUUCUAAAUUCUUUAUACAUUCUCUCUCUUAUUCUCUGUGUCUCUCGGUAGCUCAUGAAGCCAGUCAUAGAGAAACGCAGGAGGGACCGAAUUAACCAGAGUCUCGAACAUCUAAGGACACUUCUAUUGGAGGCUACUCAUGAUGAGUCUUUAAAGAAUCCAAAAGCUGAAAAAGCGGAUAUUUUGAAGAAGACAGUGCAAUUUCUGAAGCUAUGUCAUAAUUCAGGGCCAGAAGAAGCCAAGAAAAAACCUGGGUUUGAUGGUGGGUUUCAUGAAGGAUUGAGCCAAGCCACACAUUUUCUAAAUUCCACAUCUACAAUAUGCGAGAGGAAAAGGGAUUAUGUUGUUGAAAAGCUAUGUGAACACAUGGAGGAGAAAAGCCCUAAUGAUUGGGGGGAUUCUACAUCAGAUGAAUCUUUCAAUGCUGACCACAGCCAAGUCCUACCAAGCCCUUCCCAAAUCCCAAGACUCCCAAAAGACCAUUUAACACUGUGCCCUGAAAGCCAUCCCUGUCGACCCUUCCUACACUACCCUUCUCCCUCCAGCUCAUCAGAAACGCCCACUUCUGAACAAAUACAACAGACUACGACACACACAUCCCAACCCAACAGCUGCAGGAAGUCUGCACAAAGGACUCUCUUCCCUCCGACUGCACCCACGCCCCCUCUCGCCCCAACGCUUGUGUGGAGACCCUGGCCAUAGAUUGUUAUUUAUUGUAUUUGUUUUUGUAAAUAGUCUUUGUACAUUUAAAUUAUAUUUUUAUCUUUUGUA